UGAAACGAAGGUUCAAGGGAAACAAGGGGAAGAUGAAGAUGCCAGCAGAGUCAUCGAUAUACUGGGACUCGGUCGGUUCCCAGCACUCCGCUUCCGUUGGCAGCUCUGGAGACGCUUGCAGCUCCGGAAGUGCCAGCAGACACUACGUCGAUCCGUGGGACCUCGAGAACUAUGCAUACCUGCGUCGUCAUAGCGUCGCUGGCCUGGCGCAACAGACGCCGCGACACCACCGACGCCCCGCCUACCGGCUGUCCCAGGAGACACGUGCACACUCUGAAUAUUGGUACACGUCGUCGGUGAAAGAGCCUGGCUACGACGCGCCUGCUUUCGUGGAAGAAUUGUAUUGUGGACCAGCCAGACCGACGAACAAUAGUUGCUACUAUCAUCAGCCAAUCUAUGAGGACGAGGUACCGGAUUACGUCGCCCCGUUUCCGGUCUACGCGCCUCUCUCUGAUGUGAGACACGGUGAGUUCAUGGAAGACCACAGGCGAUUUAGACACAGGUGCAAAUCAACGUCCAUGAGAGAGCUUCAUAGGUCUAACGUCGACACUAGCCUUCCACCAAUGGAUUCUAUAGAAUUAGAUGUUCCGGAUUAUCAUACACAGCAAGAUUAUCCAUCAAUGGAGCAAGAGAAGUACAUGGUGCAAAUUGUUCCACCACCUCAACUCGAUCUUAACACGUAUGGACAUUUAAAAAUCGAUUACACGAACAGCUGGAACUCAUUGAAUCGAAAGAUCAGUAAAUAAUCGCCGAUCAUUUUUACCUCGACGAAGAAGACAUCGAGCAUUUCUU